AUGCCGGAUACUGGAUACUCAGGCGCGUACAUAAAGCUCUUGACUUGCCCUGACCCAAGUCUCGUCGGUGCAAUCAACGCGAGAAUUCUUCUGCACAGCGAAAAUUCUUCUGCACAGCGAAAAUUCUUCUGCACAGCGAAGAUUCUUCUGCACAGCAAACGUCUCGUUUCCACCAUGGGCUCAUCCAACACCGAGAUCACAGCGCCCGCGCCAGUUUCGGCAGUGCUGUCCAGCUCCCUUGCCAGUUUUGUCACGCUAGGAGCUGUCAUGAGUCAUGGCAUCCUUCAACAGCUUCAUCACGUUUCCCUGGGCGCAUCUUUUUUUCAGGUCGCGUGGAUCAGCAGCCUGCAAUUGGCUUGCCUGCAACUCGGCGCGGUCAUGCCAAAGCUGUGGUGCCGGGUACCUCCACGGCCUCUCAUGGCGGUUGGGACAGCCUUGUGCAUGGCGGGGCGGUUGUGGGCGAGCUUCUCAACGUCGUACGUCCAGACCGUCACAUCCGAGGGACUUUUGCUCGGGAUUGGCUCGGCCCUUGUGUGA